UUCCUCUAUUUAUGCAGACUGUUAUUUCAACUCUACCUUACACUGUUUCACUAAUCAACAGUUGUGCAGACAUUCAAGACAACGGAGAAACAAUAAGAGUGUCUUUCUAUCCUGGGAGUCCUCAUAGCUGCAAAUAUGAAAGAAAGCCUGUGAGAUGCAAUAUCUGGGCAGAUCAUGUCCUCUACAAAGGGGGCUUCAGAGAAGACCAACAGCCAGUCCACUACAGUAACAGCAGUAAAAGAAGCACCCCCUACCAGAAUGAAGGACAUGAUGUUGUUAUUCAAGGUUCUCCUGCUGGCUUUUUGCCUGAUCUUGCUUGUGGUUAUAAUCACCAUAUUGGCCAUACAGUUGGUGCAAGCCAAAAAACAUAAAGAGAACUUAAAUCUUAACUACAGUGCUCUUGAGUCUGAGUAUUCAAAACUUAACUUGAGGUACAUGGAAGCCUACAGAAAAUACUCAGUACUGGAUCAACAGUGUAAUGGCACAAACACAGGAAAGCCGGAGGACUGGACUUGUGCCUUCUGUCCAGAGACCUGGCUAUAUUUCAAAGGGAAGUGUUAUUACAUGUCGAAUGAAACAAAGACCUGGAACACCAGUCGAGAUCACUGCAUAUCUCUAGGGGGUCACUUGGUAAUCAUAACAAGUGAUGCUGAGAAGAAAUUUUUGCAGAAUACAUUCAAUGAUACAAUGAAUGGACCCAAGCAAUCCUACUGGAUCGGUCUAAGUGACCAGGAGAAGGAAGGAAAUUGGUAUUGGAUUGACAAUAAAUCAAAGAGGCACAAUUUCUUAUAUUAUAAACUUUGCUGCUUCAAAGUGGACAUUUCUGCUCUUCGGUUUCUAAUAACACAGAAGACAAAGACUGUGCAUUGAUAGCUUUGCACCAGGAGCCCCUGACAUGGAGAGCUGAGAAGUGCACAAAUUUCUCUAAGUGGAUAUGUCAGACCGUGGCUGGCAUACUAAGCCCUCAUACAAGAAAUCUGCUGAAGUGAUCUGAUUAAAGAACAAAUGCACAAAAUAAGCAAAGUAUGCUAUCUUCUUGUGAAACAUUCCAUUAAUUUUCUUUUAUUUACUUUGCUUGGAGAUGAUCUAUAAUGGUGUCAGUUUUUUCUUCAAGUACUAAAAUGAAUCAAUUAAAAUUACUUUUACAUUUA